UUUUUAAGAAGUGAUAUUGUCCCAGAAGCGGACCCAUUAAGCAUUGCGAUACAAAAUGGCUGCCUGGAGGAGUUUGACAUGUGUCCUUCGAGUAAAAAUACGAGAAAGCUGGACAUGUGGGGUACAAUCACAACAACACCUGUCCAGGUGUCUCUCCACCUCAGCUCACCUAUGUUCAGGUCAAACCUGGAGAGAAAGCUAUGGUUUACCACCUCGCAAGAAUGAGUAUGGGCCUCUCACUGACUUACCAGACUGGACAUUUGCUGAUGGCAGACCAGCACCAAUGGGGACCAGGCAGCUGAAAAGGUUGAAAGAAAGAAGAGAACUUGCCGCCAGAGUAGUAAGUCUUCUGGAGGAGGUUGAGGAGGGGAAGCAGGGCUUUCUACAGAAUCUAGAACAAGAGGCUGAGAAGAUAGCAGAGAAAGAGAAAAGAAGGCUCAAGCCGAAGGGAAAACAGUUGUUACAGAAGUCUAGACAAAAACACAAGAAAGGGUUGUAAUAUCUACAGUGUGUGAACUACUUGUAGUUAUAAGUACAGUGAAAGACUUUCAAUCUUAGCCAUCAAGCAAAAACCCUUUCAUUUUAUUGGAAAAAGUUCAUGUAUGUGACAGAUGAAACUACAUUGACAAGCUUACUUUAAUUGUGGUUUCAACACUCCCCAAGCUUCUUCUAAUAAUAGAUCUGAUAUGCUACCCUGAUGACAAUGGUUUGCACAAUGAUUUUCAACUUAAGCCUAGGAACUGAACUGAAUAUGUACAAUUCAGAGAACAGUACACUAACGUACUGUAAUAUCUGUAAUGACACAAAAACUCAGCAUUGUCAAAAGUAAAAUUAGAGCAUACUUGUACAAAAGUGUUAUU